AUGUCUUCCAAAAUCGUCCUCGAAAUGAACACCAAGGCUGUUUCCUACUUGGCCCAAGGAGAACACGAAUGUUCUCACUUUACCCUUCAAAAGGCUCUCGAAGGUUUCCGCAACGUCCUGAACCAGCAACCAAGCGAAGAAGCCCCCAUGAUGUUGGAUGUGGAUGAAGAUGAGAUCGACGGCACUGUGCUGCACACAAUCCCCAUUCAUGCCGCUCAACACAAGACUGUUGCCCCCGACCACAGCUUUGUCACGGUCUACCGUCACGCCUUUGUCCUGACAUCCGAUCAAGAACCCCUCUUUACCGAAAACGAACACACCGUCCCCAGUGUCUUGCUCUAUAACAUGGGAUUGAGCCAUCAUAUUCAAGCCAUUGCUACUGGGCAAUCGGCCAUCUUCCGCAAAGCAAUGCAACUCUACACCAUGUCCUUUACCAUGCUCGAAAACGCUUCCGACAUUCUCAACGACAUGGACAUCAUGGUUCUCUUGGCACUCUCCAAUAACAUGAGCGUCAUCUCCGGUUCCGAAUUCUACGAUCGCCCUUCUGCUGAAAGUUCCAGACUCAUGAUGGAACGCAUCCUCUCUUCCACAGACUGCUUGGAAAGCCUGGAAGACGAAGACAUUGAGUUCUUCUCCCUCAACUUGAUGUUCUUGUCCGAAUACCAAAAACAUGCUCUGGCGGCAGCAGCCUAA